AUGCGGCUACUACUUGUCUUGUCCGUCCUGUUGGGCGUUGGCUCGGCCGGCACGGGACCCAAAAAGUCCCCCAACCUCUACGCGAUCCAGGAAGAGUUCCAGAAAAACCUCGACGCCUUUACUUGGACCGUCAGAGAAAUGUCAAAGUCGGGGUCCUGGGCGGUAGGCGUGAAGUGCCACGAGUGCCUGCGAUUUCUCAAGUAUAUGCAAGGCUUUGCGACAAACACCGAGGCCUUCAUCGCCAGGGGAAAGGAGAUGUGCAGCAUGAUCCAAAGGGCAAAGGUCGAUUGGAAAGUGGAAGAAUUGUGCAUCGAGUCGGUUGAACGCUAUGGACAAGCCAUGGCCCAUAUUCUCAGAAACAUGAACCCGGUAGGCGAAUCUCAAGGUGCGCAGCUGUUUUGCAAUACCUGGCUUGGGACUUGCCCGGCCGUCAAGCUUCGGUAUAAUGUUCCCAUGAACUACACGAGAAACGAGAGGCCGCCUCCUCGGCCCAAGCCCAGCGGUCAAAUGCCCUUCAAAUUCGUCCACUUCACCGACCUCCAUCUCGACCCCCAUUACUUUGCAGGCACCCAGUCGCAGACAGACAAGUGCCCCUAUCCGUUGAUCUGCUGCAGGUAUGGUUGCAUUCCUCCUUCGUUGUCGUUGCUUUCCCAGCGGCAUUCCCUGACAACCCGUUUGACUGGCAGGGCCUUCACGGAGAAAGAAAGAGACAUCAUAUUUCAACCAAGGCACAAGGCGCAUUUGGAUAUCUUGAUAGAUCCCGAGUUAGAUAUCGGAGGGCCAUAUGGUCACCAUGGCGGCUGCGACACUCCCCAUCGCCUCCAGCAGAGCUUUUACCGAGCCAUGAAGAAGUUCGCUGGCGAUGCCGACUUUGCCAUCUUCACCGGCGGCAUCUUGUCACGCCAAGUCUGGAACUCGACGGCAGAGCUCAACAUAGGACAGAUCGAAAAGGCCUAUAGCAACAUGAGUGAGCUGUUCGAUUACAUCUACCCAGCUGUUGGCAAUGACGAGAGCUCACCCGCCAACCUGUUCCAGGCGGAACAAGUCACCAGCAAGGUGAGCACGCAGUGGCUCUACGACACGCUCUCAUCCCUUUGGUCUCGCUGGAUCGGCGACAAGGACGCGCGCAGGGUAAAAGACGGCGGCUUCUAUUCCACAAAGGUGCCGCACCGGAACCUGCGCAUCAUCUCGCUCAACACCAACCUCUACAACUACAAGAACCUCUGGGUCUACCAGGACCCCAUCAACCACGAUCCGGCCGGGCAGCUGGCAUGGCUGGUCAGCGAGCUCGACGCGGCCACCCUGGCCAAGGAGCACGUCUACAUCAUCGGCCACAUGUCCAUGGGGGACCCCGACAUCCUCCAGCACUACUCGCGCUCGCUCAACCAGAUCAUAAACAAGUACGGGUCCACCGUUGCCGCCAUGUUCUUUGGGCACACGUUCCUCAACCAGUUCCAGCUUCAUUACCGGGGGUUUACCGACCCGCAGUCGCCGCAUUGGUGGCGCGUCGGCGAGCGGCUCACGGCCGAGGACGCCCUCGUCACAUCGUAUAUUGCGCCCUCCAUCACCCCCGUCAUCGGCGCGCCGGCCUUUAACGUGUUUUACGUCGACCCGGAAACGUUUGGAAUCCUCGACAUUGUCACGUACUCGUCGAAUAUGGUUGAUCGCUACUGGGAGUACGACAAGGGCCCGAAAUGGGCCAAGGCAUACUCGGCCAAGACGGUGUACGGGAUUCCGCAGAAACUCCCCGUGGGGGGCGAGCUCUCGCCCGCUUUCUGGCACAAGGUUAGCGAAAGGUUUGACUGGGAUAGGACCUUUUACAGAUUGUACUUUGGCCGCCAGACUGCUUGGAAUGAAAAGCAGACGGGCGAGUCGCAGAGAGCAAAGGACCAGUGCUUUAUCCGUGGUGGCAUCGCCAGGGACUGUCUGGGCAUCCCCGGCAGGGGAGGCCUGGGUGGAUAUUUAGGAAUCACGGAUGGGUGA